GGAAACACGCAGACUUUUGUUUUGGAAAGCCGCUGCUCAGCAGCCGCCAUUAUUCUUCCUGGCUUGACGCUACUGGAAAAGACGAUUAAAUAGUUUAAAACUAUAUAAUUCUGAGUAAACGGGGCCACUGGAGAUCUAUUUGGUGCCGUCUGCUGAUUGAUAUGUGCAAGUAGCACAAACUGAGCACAAUGGAGAGACGGUCCGACACCACUGGUGCUGGAGGCGCCCUUCCGCUCUCUUCUCUUCGUUUAAUGGCUUCACCUCUGCAGCUGACAUACUCGUACAUGUGGCAGGUGAUUCGACAGCGAAACGUGCAGCAGUAUGGGAAGGUGGAGGAGUUUGUGAGCAUGGUGACGCAAACUGUUCCUGAGCUCAUGAAUUCAAAGCAGACCGCCCAGCUCCUCCUGGGACUGAGAGCAAGGGUCAUUUUGGAAUUGCUUCAUAAAGACGGCCCACCAGAUUCCAGAGCUAUUCAAACUUUAAUCAACAGAUUGAAAGUCUCUCCUUCUUUAGCGAAGGACUCAGAAGUGGAGAAAUCUCAAACUAACUUCAUGGUGCUGGUCCAGAAUCUGCUGAAAAAUCCUGCUGAAAGGAAGCGAUUCUUCCAGGAAGUGUUUCCUGUUCAGUAUGGCGCAAAGUUUGACGUAGCGCUGCAGACUCUAACUGCAGGUCUGGUGUGCAAACUGGAGCAGCUUCUUCCUGUUCCCAAUCUGUCCCAGCUCGGUGCCAUGAUCUCAAGUGAGGCCACUGUCCUGGAGGCAUGUGGGGGUUUUAUCCCCGAUCCCAGGGAUCUGAGGACUCUCCUCCUUCACCAGCAGGCCAAAGGACUUCUCGGUGUUAAAGCCACCAUCUCAUCAUCAGUGGGCGACUGUGUACUCUCUUCGCUUGCCUUUCGGCGCAAACCAGUAGAACCACCACCACCACCACCACCAGAAUCACCAAAACAAUUAGAGGUUACCCUCACGGAAACAGGUCCAACCUCCCUUAGUGACACCGAAGACUUGGGAGCGAUGUCCGAUGACUCAGACAGCGCGGCGACUGCCACUGCCCAACCGCAACAAGAAGCGCAAAACAGCGAUAAAGCGGGCGACGGCGGCAGCACUGUGAAGGAAACAAGUGUCACAAAACCAGCCCAGAAUCAGAAUCUGGAGCAGGAGAAGAGUUUGGAACAGGUACAGUCUCCCACGGCCUCACAAACUACAGAAGAAGAUGGAACAACAGCAACACCAGAGAAAUCCGAUGUGCAGUGCUUGCCCUUAAAAUCAAUCCCUUUCAGAGUAGUUCAGGUGCCCGUCAAAGCUUCCUCCGCUGCACAGAGCGCAGGCGGAAAUAAAGAAGUUAAUAAGUCCCAGACUCAGAGGGUCACGCUGCAUCAGUGGGUGUCGCACAUCGCCACUAACUCGCUCUCACUUCCAGCCUUGCCGCCACUUCCUCCAGCCAGCCUGAGUGAUGGAUAUGGCAUUAGGCCAAGCGUGAGGAGAAAAAAGCAAGUCCGGCCUCCAGCUGACAGAUACACAUGCAGAGUGUGCGACAAAAGUUUCCCGUAUCAGUCCAAGUUAAUGGAUCACGAGCGCAUUCACACGGGGGAGAAGCCGUUCGUGUGCACAGCGUGCAACAAAAGUUUCCGGACCCAGGCGUUCCUCAACAACCACCUGAAGACCCACAGCACGGUGCGGCCUUUCGCGUGCGGCCAGUGCGGCAAGUGUUUCACCAAAAUGCAGAGCCUGACGAAACACAUGCUCGCCCACAGCGGGCAAAAGCCCUUCUACUGCAACAUCUGCAACAAGGGCUUCACGCAGUCCACAUACUUCAAAAGACACAUGGAGUGCCACACGAGCGAGGUGACGUUUCCCUGCAAGCACUGCAACAAAAGCUUCCCCACGGCUUUCAAGCUGUCCAACCACGAGCGCUGGCACACUAGAGAUCGCCCGCACAUGUGCGAACGCUGCGGGAAGAGAUUCCUUGUCCCCAGCUUGUUGAAGAGACACAUGGGCUACCACAUUGGUGACCGCCAGUAUCUCUGCUCCCAGUGCGGAAAGACCUUCGUCUAUUUGUCUGACCUGAAGCGGCACCAGCAGGACCACGUGCCCAAAGCGAAGAUCCCGUGCCCCAUCUGCCAAAAGAAGUUCUCCAGCAAGUACUGCCUGAGGGUUCACCUGAGGAUCCACACCAGCGAGAGGCCCUACCGAUGCUCCAUAUGCGAGAAAACUUUCACUCAGGUGGGGAACCUGAAGGUUCACAUCCGGCUACACACCAACGAGCGCCCUUUCAGCUGCGACGUGUGCGGGAAAACCUACAAGCUGGCGUCCCACCUGAACGUCCACAAAAGGACUCACACGUGCAAGAAGCCGUGGACGUGUGAGACGUGCGGGAAGGGUUUCUCCGUCCCCGGGCUUCUGAAGAAGCACCAGGGCUUGCAUUUGAGGGAUGAUAACCCCGACUUCGCUGGCAAACGGAGGCACAGGGCCAAACACAAGAAGCACUCGCUCAAGAGGAAGUUUGACGAGGAAGAAGAGGCCAGUGAUGAUUAUUAAUUUAAGAAAUCGAUUUUGUAACAGACAGCUGUGAUCAGGGCUGAUGGUCAUCACUGAAGUAAAUAAAACAGGCUUGUUCAGGCAUUUGCAAAGAGGAAUUAUUACUUGCAUUUCAAGAGUGAUGAGCCUGAUUUCUGCUUUGGGUCACAACACUUCAGAGAGUCAGAAAAGACACAUUUUGGACAGAGCUCAUGUUGCACAUGUGUAGAAUAUUUAGCAAAAUUAACACCAUGUGCUAUCGGAGAAGACCUCAAACUAGCGAUCGAGACGAUUAACUCUUUUUAGGAAAAUGUAUAAAGGUUUUAUAAAUCAAACGUUGUAGCCUCAUUUUCCCAUAGACCUGUUCAGACAAUUAUUUUUGCAACCAGCUGGGUCGCCCCCUGGUGGCUAACUGCUACGUCUGGCCAUCUUCCUGGGGUUUACUUUUCAAGGUAGAAGAUAACAUUGAUGAUUGAUUUAUUAUCAGUGUUCUCUUUAUUAUACAGUCUGUGGCUUCAACAGACGCACUUACCACCUCUGUUUCUUGCACACUGUUCUCCUCAAUUAUAUCAACAUACUGACCUGAAAGGAGGAGGACAGUGUGGUCACUGCAGGGGUCACUGUAACCUUUCUCUAAAGCAGAAAAUAGUACAACUUCAUGUUUUGUCGAGCAACAAUUAUCAAAAACGUUGAGCUGUGUGGGGUAUAAAUCAGACCAUACACUGAAGCUGGAGCAGCUCAAUUCAUUUGGUGUACAUUGACAUUUUAUCAUCAUCAUGUACUUGGAUGAUUAAACAAAAUCAAAUAAGGGGAUAUUACCUAUAGCUUUCACGUUUGGAGGAAAAAAAGAUAGCAAUCAGGCAUUUUGAUGAUCGUUUUUCUUGUCCAUUUUAAAGGAUUGUUCAUUUUUAUGACAAAGAAAGUGAUGGGUGUUGGGUGACGCUUGUUUUUGUUUCUCUCACGUGCUAAUCAAGUUGUAAACAAAAAAGUAUUUUAAUGCAUGUGACUGUAGAUAAUGUAUGUGACGCGUAAUAAAAGGUUGUAGUGUCACUCGGAAAAAAAAACAAGUCAACGAACGUUACGCGCUCCUUGUGGACUGUAGUGCUUCUUUCACGUUUACUUCUACACGUAACCUUGAACUGUAACCAUGAGAAUUACUCUGUGCUUUUAUUUUAGGUCAAAAAAAAAUUUGUGUUUUGUUCAGCAGUAGAUGCAGGUUUGUUGAUCUAAAGUGAUUUUUAAUUUUUUUAUAGGUUGAGCACAGAAUCAUGUAACAUUAUGCAUAUGAGUGAGGAGAUUACGUUGUGAAUCAAAGUGUGUGCUAUCGUGAACAGCCU